GUUACUUAAUUUAACCUUCAAAAUACACCGAAAUUAGUAAGAAUGAACGAACUAGUGGAGAUCAUCAACCAGCUACAGGACGUGUUUCUGAUCAGUGGUCAAGUCGUCGACCUUCCCCAGGUAGUAGUGAUAGGCUCUCAGAGUGCAGGAAAGAGCUCCGUCCUGGAACAUCUAGUGGGAAAGUCCUUCCUACCCAGAGGUGUCGGGGUUGUGACUAGAUGUCCUCUAGUCCUGCAGCUUGUACACUCGUCCAAUGAUGUCCUUGAUGAAUACGCAAUCUUCCAACACGACCAGACAAAAGUCUUCACGGACUUCAAACUGAUUUCUAAUGAAAUUAAAAAGCAAACCGUGAAGCUCGCUGGAAGCAACAAAGGUAUCUGUCAUCUUCCAAUCACGCUGAAGAUUUACUCUAAAUCCUAUUUAAACCUCACAUUAGUAGAUCUUCCCGGGUUGACGAAAAUACCCGUCGGUGAUCAGCCAGACGACAUCGAAAAACAAACCAGGGACAUAGUGCUUGAAUACAUUAGAAACCCAAAUAGUAUAAUUCUAGCUGUGACUCCUGCGAAUGCGGACCUGACGACGAGCGAGAGUCUAGCGUUGGCUCGCGACGUAGAUCCUGAAGGUGAGAGGACUCUGGCGGUCAUCACCAAGCUGGACCUCAUGGACGAAGGCACAGACGCGUGGGACAUCCUGUCUGGGAAAAUCAUACCGGUCAAACUGGGUAUAAUCGGCGUCGUCAACCGAUCACAACGAGACAUAAUGGAAAAUAAAUCCAUGAAAAAAGCGUUGAAAGAAGAAGCAGAGUUUUUCCACAAUCAUUACAGAGCGGUUGAGCGCAACCACGGAACACCCUACUUGACGAAGACUGUUCAGAGAAUUUUAACCGAACACAUAAAAAGUUGUUUACCAAAACUGAAAGAGAACGUCAAAGAAAAGUUGUCCAAGAAACAAGAAGAGCUCAAAGCUAUGGGUGAUAUGAGUCUGGACAAGCCUUCGUUGUUGAUUGACAUCGUGUCGAAAUUUUCAAAAACAUAUUGUUCGAUCAUCAGGGGUGACACGGAGAACAUCCAGACCACUGAGCUGUCUGGAGGGGCGAGAAUCAAUCGCGUGUUUCAAGCGCUUGCCCAAGCGCUGCGGACGAUUGAUGCACUAUCUGGGCUGUCUAAAGGAGCCAUCUUGACCGCUACCCAGAAUGCAUCAGGUGCAAGUCCCGGGUUGUUCGUUCCUGAGGUGACGUUCGAGCUGUUAAUGAAGCGUCAGAUCCAACGUUUUCGCUCACCUUGUCUCCGAUGUGUCGACCUUGUCAAUGAAGAGCUGUGUAGAAUCGUGCAGACUUGCGCCUAUGAUCCUUUAAUCGGACUUGAGAGGUAUCCUACACUGCAGAAAGAAGUCAUCCGUGUCGUCACCGAACUUCUCCGCAGUCGACUCCCCAUUGCGAACAAGAUUGUAGACAACUUCAUAGACGUCCAGUUAGCCUACAUUAACACAAGACAUCCGAACUUUAUUACUAACUGUGUGAGAGGGAAAGAGCCAAAAGCUUAUAAACAAGACAAGUGUGUCUGCAUCACACUCCAUCCUGCGAUAAAACUCUCGGAGAAAAGUCUCACAAAAGUCACGGAAAGUUCUCGAAAAAAAGAAGAAAGCUCGAAAGAAACUCGAGAUUAUCAACUGAUUAACAAAUUGAUUCAAAGUUAUUUCUCCAUCGUACAGAUCACCGUUCAAGACACAGUUCCGAAGAUCAUCAUGCAUUCCAUUGUGAACUUUGUCAUGGAGCGUCUUCACUGCGAGUUGAUAUCUCAACUGUACAACGGCAACACUUACAACUUGAUGAAAGAAUCACAGGAUUUCGUGGAAAAGCGCCAGGAACUUGUAACCACUGUUGCUCAGCUAGAGAAGGCCUAUGGGAUUUUGAACUAUAUUAAACCGAGCACCAAAAGCAAUUGCAAAGAUGCAUUGACUACAACAUUGCCAGAAGAGGCUGAGUUUUGUAUGACAGACUCAGGCCAUUCUUUGACACACGUUAGUAGACAGAAGACUGUUUAUUCUCGCUGCGCCAGUGUGAGUCAGCCAAUAGUGUCUACUCCACUACAAGCUGUAAUAUGGUCAGUAGUAGGCGAGGGAGGCCAGAGGGGAGGUCGUUGUACAGCGGAAAGUGAAGCUGGAGACCUCCAUGGCGGGUACUGCGCUGAGAGACCUCCUCCUGGAAAGAGAAAAGAGAGUCUCUCAAGAAGAGCUGCUAUCCUUUCCCCGGCUGAAGAGGACGAAGUCUUAACAGACGAAGCUCUCCCGAUCGCAGCCUUAGUCCAGUAG